CUGUCGCACGGCAGCCCGCAACUGCCGAAUUUGCUGUUGUUGUCGUUGUAAAGUUUGUUGUAAUUGGAGGACGUCCAACUGCAAGCUGGCUAUUAAAGCCGUAUACGUUGAACGCCCUCUAA